AUGGGUCAGGAGAAGAAGAAAAAACUCACCAGAGCUGAGCGACUGAGGCUGCAACAGGAGGAAGAGGAGAGGAGACUGAAAGAGGAAGAGGAAGCCCGGUUGAAACUUGAGAAAGAAGAACAGGAAAGGCUUGAACGGCAGCGAAUUGCAGAGGAAAAAUGGCAUCAACUUGAAGAAAAAGAUCUAGAGCGAAGGAACCAGGAGCUGGGAGAACUUUAUCUAUUAGAAUUGUGUUUUCCAGAAGCAGAGAAAUUAAAGCAAGAAAUCAGAUCUCUUUCUCGGUGGAAGCAUUACAUCGCGUGCGAUGGGAACCCCGACCCCUCGGAGUCUCAGGAAAUGAACACGUUCAUCAGCCUGUGGAGGGAGGAGCUCAAUGAGACCUUCGAAACUGUGAUUGAGAAAAGCAAACUCGUCCUGUAUUUAAUUGAGAAAAUGAAAUUGAUUCUCUUGGAAACUCCACGGUGUGAUCUGGGAAGCAAAGCUACGAUGCACUACAAAGGGUCAAUCCACGAGCUGCAAGAAGUCCUCCAUCUCAAGUUCAACAUAGCUACAGAGCUCCUUCUUCGACAAGCUAGUAAUUUAGCCGACCUGGACAGUGGAAAUAUGGAAAAAGUCAUUAAGGAUGAGAAUAUUAACCUAUACUUGUGGGCAAACCUCAAGAAGAACCCAAGGCACAGGAGUGUCCGCUUCUCCCAGACCCGAAUGGGAUUUGAAAUCCCAAGGAUUUUAGCCACGAGUGACAUUGCCCUGCGCCUCCUGCACACGCGCUACGACCACAUCACGCCGGUGCUCCCCGUGCUCAGCCCACAGGAGAGGACCACCGUGCCCAAGCCUGGCAAAGGAGAGCCGACUGCCCCGGAGACAGACGAGCAGGAGAACAGAGAUGGAGAGAAUCAAGAAAGCGAGUUCAUGUUAACUCAGGAUGAAGAACAGGAGAACAAAGAUCAAGUCAAAGUCGAAGUCCAAAUGAUCCCUGUCAAUGAAGACUCAGAAGUCCCGCAAUAUGAACUGGAGAUGCAGUUAUUAAGUGACAAAGUAUUAGAAGCUCAGAAGUUCCUAGUGGAGGACGCCCCUGAGAAGCCAGAGGUGAGCGACAUGUACGACUUGGACCUGUGCCAGUUCAUGAUGGUGGGUGGGGUGUUUCACCUGGACAUCCUGCAGCUGCCCCCGCUCUGCAAGCCCGCCAAGGGCUGGAUGAUGGUGGAAAUACUCAAAGGAGGAUUGCAGAAUUUUACAUACCCUCCAGAGAACAUGGAAGAGUUAGAUCCGGAGAACACCUUUCCGCCCAUUGAAGUCAUCCUGGAGAUCCCAGAGAACGUCGUCUUUUUCGAAGACCCGAUGGUUGUAAGGUGGGAUCUUGAAGGUCAGCGCUGGAAGACAGACGGCAUUAGCAAUGUGUCCUAUAUGGAGGAAGACAAGCUCCUGUUAUUCAGCUUGGAGACGCCUGGCCCCUUUGCCUUGGUACAGGACGCUCAUGCUAACAUGCCCUACCUGUCAUGGGAGCUGACGCCUCUCAAUCUGAACCAAGUCCUCCUGACAGUGACCACGUUGUUCACUGAGUUCCAGAUACAAGUUAAGGAAAAUGUCUGUAUGUUAUCUUCAAUCAAGCUGAAAGACCCACGGCCUGUUUCUAGUUUGGAAGGAAAAUGGAUGGCUCCGAUUCCCUUCAUUACUGCUUUGAAAAAAGCUGGGCUGAAUAUCUUCCCUACCCAAUACUCUCGUUUUUAUGUGACUGGUAACAAAAAGCUUUCCUUGGUGGAAAUCAGAGCCUACCGACAGAUGGCCUUGCUUAGCUCCGCCUUCGCCUUCAGCUGGAGCAAGUGGAAUUCAGUAUGCAACUAUAAGAAAGUUAUAUUCAAGGUGAGGGAACAGUUGACCGUCGAGCCUGCCCGUCCGCCCUGGGACCUGCUAAUGUUCAGCGGCGACCGAGCCCAGAAGCUGAAGCUGACCGAGGAGAGCGACGUGUUCUCCGAGACGGUGGAGGAAGGCACGGAGUUCCACUCCAGCCUCUACCACAUGGUGCAGGACUUCGCGUCGCCCGAGGCCAUGGAGCGGAUCCGAAAGUCCACCAGCCAGUACGUGGACUCGGUGUGCCACCUGCUGCUGUCCACCAGGAUCAUCAGCUUCUCCUAG